AAACUAUGUGAGGGAAUUCUGAACAUUCUGGAAAAAGACACAAAAACCUCAUGUCAAACUGCCUGUCUGGAAGCACUGCGGAUUCUGUCCAGGGACAAGAAGGUUCUAGUGCCUGUAACCACAAAGAGGAACAUGCAGAUCCUCGUGAGACUUGCAAAGCUGGAUACUGUGGAAGAUCCUUUGGAGCGGGUGUCUGAAUUUCCCGUUAUAGUAGAAGCUUUAAAAUGCCUCUGUAACAUAAUUUUUAAUAGUGCUGUUGCACAGAAGCUCAGUUUGGAACUGAAUCUUGCAGCCAUGCUCUGCAAUCUUCUGAAAAAAUGCAAGGACCAACAGCUGGUUGGUGACAUUAAAUGCUUUGAUUUGCGUCUUCUCUUCCUCUUGUCACUUCUGCACACAGAUAUAAGAUCGCAGUUGCGACAGGAGCUACAAGGAGUGCAAGUUUUGACUCAGGCUUUGGAAAGUUCCCUGAAUGUAAGAUGGACAGGAGAAUAUAAAGCAGCGGAAGACCGCGACAGGCCGCCUUUACCUUUGCAAGAGACAAAUUGUGCCAUUGAGGCACUGAAGGCUCUUUUUAACGUAACGCUUGACAGCUGGAAUGUCCACAGCAAGAACGAAUCUCAUCAAUUUCGUUACAUGGCUGCCAUCCUUCGGUACUGCUUAUUAACCACGGGCCCCACUGAAGACAAAACUGAAGAGUUGCACAGCAAUGCAAUCAACCUCUUAAGCAAUAUUCCCGUUUCUUGCUUGGAUGUCCUUAUUAGUCCGUCAUCCCAGGAGGAAACAGAUAUAAAAUACAAUGGUAUGAAUAUGAGAGCAAUCCAGAUUUUAUUGGAUUUCAUGGAGAAGAGAAUUGACAAGGGAAGCAGCUAUAGAGAAGGUCUGACUCCAGUUCUCAGUUUAUUGACAGAAUGCUGCCGAACUCAUAGGAAUAUCAGGAAGUUUAUCAAAGCUCAGGUACUGCCUCCACUAAGAGACGUAUCAAGCCGUCCAGAAGUCGGCACAACAGUGAGAAACAAGCUGGUGCGCCUCAUGACACACGUUGACCUUGGAGUAAAGCAAAUUGCAGCAGAAUUUCUUUUUGUUCUUUGUAAAGAGAGAGUUGACAGCUUGUUAAAAUAUACAGGCUACGGUAACGCGGCAGGAUUAUUGGCAGCCAGGGGCCUGUUAGCAGGGGGAAGAGGAGAUCACUGGUACUCGGAUGAUGAAGAUACAGAUACGGAAGAAUACAAAUCUGCAAAGCCAAACAUUAACCUCAUCACUGGUCACUUGGAAGAACCCAUGCCUAAUCCAAUGGAUGAAAUGACAGAAGAACAAAAAGAAUAUGAAGCUAUGAAGCUUGUCAACAUGUUUGAUAAACUUUCCAGAGAUGAGCUUAUAAAGCCAAUGGGAGUGCGGCCGGAUGGUACAAUGGCUCCUUUGGAAGAAGCAGCCAGCCAGUACCAUACCAAUAAGCAAGACAGUUCAGAUUCAGACUAAAGCAUCACCUGCUUCGCUCUUGAUUCUCUAAUCCGCAUUUUCCUUAGAGCCACGGCGUCUUUUUAUCAGAGCAUUUUAUCCUCAAGUUAGCCAGCGUCACCUUAACUGUUCAGUUAUUGGGAUAUUUAAAUGAUGGAUCCUGUGGUGUAAUGUCUGCAUUUUUAUGAUGUCUGUUUAAAGAACGUGUAUUCGUUUGAUCUUUAUUAAUUUAAGACUAAAUGUAUUUCAAAGGGAUAAAAAAAUGAAAGCCUACAACAAAAAAUGAAAUGUAAACAUUUUGAUUUUCCAGAAUCCUGUUUUCCAAAGUCUGUAGGUUUUCCCAUUCUUUAUACAUUUUUGUAUUGUCUUCCUUUUUGCCUUUGUAUAAUUCUAAUUAAAGAAGCAAAUUUGCUUAAUGGCAUUAGGAGCAUCAGAAGGAAAACUUAGAAGUCGGACUGACCUUGCAAAGCUGCUUCAGCUGGCAUUCAGCAGUGACUUCAGAGCUUCCCCUUUUACAUGUCGUGGGAUUUCCUACCACUAUACACGUCUGUGGUUAAGCUGCUGCUUAAGAUUUUACCCAUGUGUCAGUCACUGACUGCUGCUAAAACUGCCUUUAAACUGGGAACAAGAUGAUGUAUGUCCUCCCCCCUCCAUGCUAAGACCACACAAGUAUUACCACCACACCACCACCCCCCCCGCUCUGGUUAAAUAAAAACAUCCCUAUUCAAAACAGCAUUCAAGUAUAUACACUUAAAUGUUGCUGUGAAUAGGAGCGGAGUGAAGAGAAGUCUAUGUGUGAGUGUUUUAUGGAAUUGGGGCCUAAUGGGAGCGCUUCACUUGAAGGGAAGUCAAACUACUAACAAAGAAAUAGUUCCCUUUUUAGGGGAAGAAGAUUUUUAGGAAAUGAUGGGAUAGAGAAUGGAAAGGUGCAAAGGAGAAGAAAGUGUAAUUUUCAACUCUGUACUCUUUAAAGAUAAAGAUUAAAGUUGUAGUUGUGCUGCA